UAGGAUGAAAGGGAAGGGAGAAGGAGUAGAGACAGACUCACUGGCGCUAGUAGUACAUUAAUAUAACAGAGACUCCGCCCACUCUGGCUAACUUACGUUCGUCUCAAAAACAGAAAUCCUUACCUGAUAGAUUUAGGCCAAAACGGUGAUGAAUGCUUAUCUCUCACUAUCUCCAUCAACUCCAACUUUGUGUGAGGCGCCACACCCCACUUACUGCCAAAAACCUUCAUGCCCAAAUUAUCAAAGCUGGCCUAGAGCACUGUGGUCCAUUGCUCAACACCCUCAUAAACGGGUGCGGCAAAUGUGGUCUCAUUCAAGAUGCCCUUCACUUGUUCGACGAAAUGCCCCACAGAGACCAUGUCUCAUGGGCCUCCAUUCUCACUGCCCACAACCAGGCCAACCUCCCCCACCUAACUCUUUCCAUGUUCCCCUCCAUGCUCAAGGAUGAUGAGCUAGGACCUGACCAUUUUGUGCUUGCUAGCCUCGUUAAGGCAUGUACUACCUUGGGUGAUAUUAGGAAAGGCAAGCAAGUGCAUGCCCACUUUGUGUUGUCCCCAUUUCGUGACGACAAUGUUGUCAAGUCAUCCUUAGUUGAUAUGUAUGCCAAGUGUGGAUUACUUGAUAACGCACGUGGGGUUUUCGAUUCAAUUUCUUUGAAAAAUUCAGUUUCUUGGACUGCUAUGAUAUCCGGGUAUGCUCGACAUGGGAGGAAAUCGGAGGCUAGUGACCUGUUUCAGAGGGUACCAGUCAGGAAUUUAUUUUCAUGGACAGCCUUUAUUUCAGGGUUGGUACAGAGUGGGAAUGGGGUUGAUGCGUUUUAUUUAUUUAUUGAAAUGCGAAGAGAAGGAGUCAACAUAGUUGAUCCACUAGUUCUUUCAAGCAUUGUUGGUGCAAGUGCUAAUCUAGCAGUGCUGGAACUUGGGAAGCAGAUUCAUGGCCUAGUUUUCACUCUUGGUUAUGAGUCUUGCAUAUUUAUAAGUAAUGCCCUUGUAGAUAUGUAUGCCAAAUGUAGUGAUAUUCUGGCUGCAAAGGAAAUUUUUGGUAGGAUGCAACGAAGAGAUGUAGUUUCUUGGACUUCUAUAAUCGUUGGGACAGCUCAGCAUGGGCAAGCAAAGGAGGCAUUGGCUAUUUAUGAUGAGAUGAUUUAUGCUGGAGUAAAGCCAAAUGAAGUGACCUUUGCUGGAUUGAUUUAUGCUUGUAGCCAUGUUGGCUUAGUAAGUAAAGGCCGUUAUCUAUUCAAAUCUAUGAAGGAGGAUUAUGGGAUUAAUCCUUCUCUGCAGCACUACACAUGCUUCUUGGAUCUUCUUAGUCGGUCAGGACAGCUAGAUGAGGCUGAGAAUCUCAUUAAUGCAAUGCCAUUUAAGCCUGAUGAACCUACUUGGGCAGCUUUACUAAGUGCCUGCAAGCCCCAUAAUAAUAUUGAAAUGGGAAUUAGGGUUGCUGAUCAUCUAUUAAGUUUAGAACCAGAAGAUCCAUCUACAUAUAUACUGUUGUCUAAUAUUUAUGCUAGAGCUGAAUUGUGGGAAAAGGUUUCAAAGGUGAGAAAGUUGAUGGCAUUCAUGGAAGUUAAAAAGCAACCAGGCUAUAGUUGUAUUGAAUUGGGAAAGGAAAGCGAAGUGUUUUAUGCUGGGGAGACCGCUCAUUCUAUGAAGGAUGUGAUUUUUGGUUUGCUUAAGUUGGAUGCAGAGAUGAGGAGAAGGGGUUAUGUUCCAGAUAUAAGUUCUGUUUUACAUGACAUGGAGUGGCAAGAGAAGGAAAGACAACUAUUUUGGCAUAGUGAGAGGUUGGCUGUGGCCUACGGGUUGCUUAAGGCUGUCCUGAGGACAGUUAUUUGGGUAGUGAAGAAUCUUCGUGUUUGUGGAGACUGUCACACAGUUUUAAAAUUCAUAAGCACCAUUAUGAAGAGGGAAAUUGUUGUCAGAGAUGCCAAUAGAUAUCACCAUUUCAAGGACGGGAAGUGUUCAUGCAAUGAUUUUUGGUGAUUUUGCGGCUCUGCGUCGGAAUUUUUCCUUUGGUUUUUCAUAUGUCUGCCAUCUAUUGAUUAUAGGUUCAAGUCUGAAUCUGCUAAUUCAAGCGUCUUGUAGUUAGCCUUUUCCUUUCAUUUUGGUUUUUUUAAUUUCUGAGGCUUGCUAAUUUUAUUGGAACACAUAUCGCCUAACCUGUGUUGUCAGCACCAAUGGUUUAAAUGACAUUGAUCUCAUAUUUUCAACCUCCAAGCCAAGGAAAA